CUUUCCUUGCAGCGCAAGCUGUGCACCACACCUCGAGUCGCCCCAUUCAUCCUUGGCUUCACACAAGCUCCCAACGACAUGCAGUCAGUCACCACAUCCACGAGUCUAGGAUUGCCGCACUUGCUCUGACUCUGACUCUGACUCUGACUCUGACUCUGACUCUGACUCUGACUCCGACUCGCAAGGCGCUCACACGCUCACACACUGAUCGCCUCAGGAUGAGGAAGCAAUUGGAUCCGCGAAUAGCGGCGCUGAUCCGAUCCGGCAUCCACACCUCUCACCGAUCCUUCAUCGUGCUCGUGGGAGAUCAUUCGCGCGAUCAAAUCGUCAAUCUGCAUUUCCUGCUCUCUCAAUCGCGCACCACUGCGCGUCCAUCGGUGUUGUGGUGCUACAAGUCCGACUUGGGCUUCACCACGCAUCGCAAGAAGCGGGAGGCCAAGAUCAAGCGGGACAUUCAGAGGGGUAUCAGGGACAAGGAUGCGAACAGCAUGACGCCCUUCGAAUUGUUCAUCGGAGUGACAGAGAUACGUUACUGCUACUACAAGGAGACGGAAAAGAUUUUGGGAAACACUUUUGGAAUGCUCGUCUUGCAGGACUUUGAAGCUGUCACGCCCAACAUCCUCGCUAGGACCAUAGAGACGGUCGAAGGCGGAGGCGUAGUGGUGCUCAUGCUCAAGACGAUGACCAGUCUGAGACAGCUGUAUGGGGCCGCCAUGGAUGUGCACAAAUCCUAUCGCUCCUCCUUCGAUUCGGCCGAGCCCGUAGCUCGCUUCAAUGAGCGCUUUUUGCUCUCCCUAGCAGCUUGCAACAGGGCUCUGUUCUUGGAUGACGAGCUCAACGUCUUGCCAGUGUCCAGAGGGAAAGACAUUUCCAUCGAAGCUUCCUCAACCGCACCUGGUGCGCACAAGAGCAAAUCGGAGCAGGAGCUCGAGUGGAUCAAGGCGGAGACCAAGAGCACGCCUGUUGUUGGAGAUGUGGUUCGGCAUUGCAAGACGCGAGAUCAGGCAAAAGUCGUCUUGACCAUUCUGGACAUUUUGAGCAGCUCAAAGCUCUCCACAACCGUCGCAUUGACCGCUGGUAGAGGACGCGGCAAAUCGGCCGCUCUGGGCUUGUGCAUAGCGGCUGCGGUGGUGCACGGCUACUCUAACAUCUUUGUCACCUCGCCAGCUCCAUCCAAUCUCAGGACGCUGUUUGAAUUCCUCUUCAAGGGCUUGGCAGCGUUGGGCUACGAAGAAGUGUCGGAUUGGUCCGUACAAAAGGGAGUGAAGGAGUUCAAGGAUCACGUCGUUCGCGUCAAUAUCUUCAAGAAUCAUAGGCAGACUAUUCAGUACAUCGAUCCCAACGACGACAAUACGCUCGGACAGGCGGAAUUGGUGGUGGUUGAUGAGGCGGCUGCUAUUCCUCUACCGGUCCUCAGACGCCUGCUAGGCCCGUACCUCGUCUUUCUUUCUAGCACUAUCAACGGCUACGAAGGAACGGGCAGGAGCCUGAGCUUGAAGCUAUUGCAGCAAUUACGAGGCGGUGGGAAUGCGCACCAAGAUCAAGAUACUGAUGCGGCCGCACUGGUUCGCAACAGCUCCAAAGAUGCAUCUUCCAGAAUCACGGGCAAAGCUUUGAGCGCUGAAGGAGCUGCCGGCAUGUCGACGAUUCGAUCGCUGAAAGAGGUGCAGCUAAACGAACCCAUUCGGUACGCUGGUGGCGAUGCGGUGGAGAGAUGGCUGCACGAGCUGCUUUGUCUAGACGCAUCUUUGACGCCUCUGAGCGCUCAUAGCUCGCCUCAUCCUUCGUCGUGCCAGCUCUAUGGAGUCAAUAGGGACGCCCUUUUUUCUUAUCACGCGGCUUCCGAAGUCUUUUUGCAGCGCAUCAUGGCGCUCUACGUCGCUGCGCACUACAAGAACAGCCCCAACGACUUGCAACUCAUGUCGGACGCUCCUGCACAUCGUUUGUUCGUGCUACUCGGUCCGUCGGACAAGACGCAGCAGCAGCAAUUGCCCGAACCGCUGGCUGUGAUGCAGGUUGCGCUCGAGGGAAACAUUUCCAACGAGAUCAUCAUGAGGAGCUUGGCUAGGGGACAGAGGGAAGCGGGAGAUCUGAUUCCUUGGUUGAUCGCGCAGCAAUACCAAGAUGACGAAUUUGCGAGGCUAUCGGGAGCUAGGAUCGUACGGAUUGCGGUGCACCCCGAACAUGCCGGGGCAGGCUACGGCACGCGAGCUGUCGAGCUGCUGCGAGAAUUUUACAAGGGCGGACUGCUGGAUGCGGAUGCGCUGGCUAGGAGGCAAGCGAAUGCGAGCGCGCAAGCACGAGAGGAAGAGACGUUCGAAAAGGUUCGCGAUGAUGCGCUUCUGCGCGCAAAGGACGCGUCGAUAUCGAUCAGGGAUGCGCACCGCAUGCCUGCGCUCCUGGAAAGGCUGGAAGAGAGAAGACCGGAAAGGUUGGACUGGAUCGGCGUUUCUUUUGGCCACACGCCUGCGCUGUUUAGAUUCUGGAAGAGGCUGGGUUACGUUCCGCUCUAUGUGCGCCAACAAGCGUCGGAAUUGACGGGGGAACAUUCGACGUUGAUGCUGCGCGGCUUGGAGGUGCAGCAGCAGCAAGAGGGCCAAGUGCAGCAGGAACAAGGACCGGAAUGGCUCAGCGCUUUUGCUAGCGACUUUGUUCGACGUUUCAUCAGCCUCUUGGCUGGACGUUUCAGGGUGCUGGAUUGCGUACCGGCGUUGGCUGUUUUGGAAGCGGCUAGCAGCGCGUCGAACGACUCGAAAGCGGAGCGACUCACCCUGCAAGAGCUUCGAGUGCAUUUCUCGCCCUUUGAUAUCAAGAGGCUAGAGGCGUACAGCAAUUCGAUGAUCGAACUGCCCACCGUUCUGGACCUCUUGCCCGCUCUCGCCUCGCUCUACUUUACGCGCAGGUUGCAGGCCGUUGCGGAAGGCAUUGGGAGCGAAGAGGGGCCGAAAGGAGAAGAGACGACGACGCGAAUGGAGACGAAGAUGUUGGAAUUGGGAGCGCUGCAGAGCAGCUUGCUCUUGGCCGUGGCGCUGCAGAAAAAGGACCUGGAGGAGCUUCAGAGCGAGAUUGGAUUGAUGAAGAAUCAGACGAACGCUUUGAUGCUCAAGGCUGUCAGGAAGAUGCUGGGCUCUGUCAAGAUGGUGGAGGAGCAUGAGGUGGCCAGAAAGAUGGGACUGAGAGCAUUGCAGAGUGGAAAGGGCGCCAAUGGGGCGUUUGAACCUCUGCGACGGGAUGUGCAGCAGGACCUCGAGGAUGGCGAUCAGACGGGCGACGAUGAUGAGGGAGAGGAGGAGGAGGAGGAGGAGGAGGAGGAGGAGGAGGAGGAGGAACCUGCGCAGAGCGCUCUGGAUCGCAAGGAAUUUGCAGCCAAGCAGGCGCUACCCCGAGCGUUGGAAAAGUACGCCAUUGAUAAAGAGGGGCGCGAUUGGACGGAUGCGGAAGCUCAAGUUCAACGCGCCGUUGCGCUCGGGACGAGUGCGAGCGCGAGCACGACGGAGCAGGGAAGAAGCGGUAAGGCGCAGACGAUCGUCAGCGUCAAGGGCGCGCCUGCGCCCGCUUCUUCGUCGUACCCUGGAAAAGAGCAGCGCAGCAACGGUGGCAAGAAGAGGAGAGAAGACAAUGGUGGAGACAAGAAGUCCAAAAGGACAAAGAGGAGAUAGCGCUUUCUAAGGAGAUGCGGUCCUCGCUCCACUUCGCCCCUUUUUAGAUCUUCCCAAAUUCCAAAACCCAUUCUUGAUUCCCUUGGCUGUGCUGCACGGGGGCAAAUACCAUCAUGUAAUUCGUACGAGAAGCGAUGCGACGGCUAUGUUGUCACUCC